ACAGUGUGACAUUAAACACACCCCAUUGUUGUUAUCUACCGCUCACGCCAAAUGCCUGCUUUCUCUGCUUCUCUGUUUUUCCUUCUUUCUCACUCCUUCAGUCCCCACUCUCUGCUCUGAGAUUUAGCUUCCAUAUUUUUUUUUCGAAUAAGAAAAAAACCUUCCUUUUUCGGUAACAAUGGGGGAGAAAGACUUGUUCCCAGAGCUCAAGAAGAUGAAAUUUUCUCUGGGGUUUUUACUUUCUGUCAUUUUUCUGCUGUUCCCUUUAGCCUCGUGUCUGGGUGGUGAAGAAGGGAAAGCGUUGAUGUCCAUUAAAUCGGCGUUUAGUAAUGUUGCUAAUGUGCUGUUGGACUGGGAUGAUGUCCACAACGAGGACUUCUGCUCCUGGCGGGGAGUGUCUUGUGGGAAUCUCACCAUGUCUGUUGUUUCUCUGAACUUGUCAAAUCUCAACUUGGGAGGGGAAAUUUCACCCGCCGUCGGGGAUUUAAGGAAUCUGCAAUCUCUAGACUUGCAGGGGAACCAAUUAACCGGGCAAAUUCCAGAUGAGAUAGGGAACUGCAUUUCAUUGAUACUUCUUGAUCUGUCUGAUAAUCUGAUCUAUGGUGACAUUCCCUUCUCAAUCUCAAAGCUAAAGCAGCUUGAGUUAUUGAACGUGAAGAACAACCAGCUUACGGGCCCCAUUCCUUCGACAUUAACCCAGAUUCCAAACCUAAAAACCCUUGAUCUUUCUAGAAACAAAUUUACUGGUGAGAUUCCAAGACUGAUCUAUUGGAAUGAGGUCUUGCAAUACCUCGGUUUGCGGGGAAAUUUCCUAACCGGAACACUGUCUCCUGAUAUGUGCCAGCUGACUGGCCUGUGGUAUUUUGAUGUACGUGGUAAUAAUCUGACUGGGACAAUUCCAGAUAACAUUGGCAACUGCACAAGCUUUGAAAUCUUGGACAUUUCAUAUAACCAAAUUUCCGGAGAGAUCCCUUACAAUAUUGGGUUCCUUCAAGUUGCUACUCUGUCGUUACAAGGAAAUAGGCUAUCAGGUAAAAUUCCCGAGGUUUUAGGGCUAAUGCAAGCACUUGCUGUCUUGGACUUGAGCGAGAAUGAAUUAGAAGGGUCAAUCCCACCCAUUCUUGGAAACCUGUCAUACACUGGGAAGCUCUACCUCCAUGGAAACAAGCUCACUGGCUCAAUCCCACCCGAACUGGGAAAUAUGUCAAGACUUAGUUACUUGCAAUUAAAUGACAAUGAACUAGCUGGUACAAUCCCUGCUGAACUUGGAAAACUGGAGCAAUUGUUUGAGCUGAAUCUUUCAAAUAACCAUCUAGAAGGGGAUAUUCCUGAAAAUAUCAGCUCUUGUAGAGCUCUGAAUCAAUUGAAUGUGCAUGGAAACAAAUUGACCGGUUCAAUACCUUCUGGGUUUCGGCAUCUUGAAAGUUUGACGUACUUGAACCUUUCUUCCAAUAGAUUCAAAGGAAGCAUUCCUGUUGAACUGGGACGGAUAAUUAAUCUUGAUACAUUGGAUCUUUCUGGCAAUGAAUUUUCUGGACCUGUUCCUGCUUCUGUUGGUGAUCUCGAGCAUCUUCUUACAUUGAAUUUAAGUCGCAAUCAUCUCUCGGGCCCCAUCCCAAUGGAGUUCGGAAACUUGAUUAGUGUACAGACUAUGGAUAUGUCAUGGAAUGAACUCUCGGGCGGCAUACCUAAAGAAUUGGGCCAACUUCAAAAUCUUGGUUCGCUUUCUCUUACAAACAACAAUAUCAGUGGGCAAAUUCCAGAACAACUAACAAACUGUUUGAGUCUUAUUACCCUGAAUGUUUCUUACAAUAAUCUCAGUGGCACUGUUCCACUCAACCAGAGCUUUUAUCAGUUUUCACCUGACAGCUUCAUUGGGAACCCAUUGCUUUGUGGCAACUGGCGAGGUUCAAUAUGUGAUCCCUAUGGAUCGAAGACUAAGGCCAUUUUAUCAAGAACGGCCAUUGUGUGUGCUGUGUUGGGAUUUAUUGCCUUCUUAUCGAUGGUGAUAGUUGCAGUUUAUAAAUCAAAGAACGCCACACCAUUCAUCAAAGACCCAACAAGUCCUAUAUGUUAUCCAAAACUUGUGAUUCUUCACAUGGACAUGGCCAUUCAUUCUUAUGAAGACAUAAUGAGAAUCACUGAGGACUUGAAUGAGAAAUACAUCAUUGGAUAUGGUGCUUCAAGUACUGUAUACAAAUGUGUUCUAAAAAAUUCCCGACCUAUUGCAAUUAAGCGAAUUUACACCCACCGUCCCUAUAGUUUGAAGGAAUUUGAGACUGAACUCCGAACCAUAGGAAGCAUAAGGCACAGAAAUGUGGUUAGCCUGCACGGUUAUUCCUUGUCCCCACAUGGCAAUCUCCUCUUCUAUGACUACAUGCAGAAUGGCUCACUUUGGGAUCUUCUUCAUGCAGGCCCCUCCACAAAGGUUAAACUUGACUGGGAAACACGUCUGAAAAUAGCGGUUGGAGCUGCCCAGGGACUUGCUUAUCUCCACCAUGAUUGCAACCCGAUAAUCAUCCACCGAGAUGUGAAGUCUUCGAACAUUCUUCUGGAUGAAGAUUUUGUGGCUCAUCUUGCAGACUUCGGGAUUGCCAAGUGUAUGUAUCCGGCAAAGGGUCAUACUUCAACAUAUGUUCUUGGCACCAUUGGCUAUAUUGAUCCAGAGUAUGCCAGAACUUCCCGGUUGACUGAAAAAUCAGAUGUUUAUAGUUUUGGAAUUGUUCUUUUGGAGCUCUUGACUGGGAAGAAGCCAGUGGACAAUGACUUGAACUUGCACCAGCUGAUAAUGUCAAAGGCAGAUGACAACACAGUGAUGGAUGAGGUGGAUUCUGAGGUGUCAGUAACGUGCACAGAUUUAACCCAUGUCAGCAAAACCUUUCAACUUGCACUGUUGUGCACGAAGCGAAUCCCAUCGGAGAGGCCAACAAUGCAUGAAGUUGCAAGGGUUCUCACCUCCUUUCUCCCACCUCCUCCGGUAAAGCCAUGUUUGGCUCUACAACCAAAAGCAUUCAGCUAUGCGCAACUCUUGGCGGUGAAGGGGCAGCAGCCGGAGAACCACCAGGAAGAUGGCCACUCCACUGAUGCACAAUGGGUGGUUAGAUUCGGGGAAGCCAUAUCAAAAAACACACUUUAAAUUGGCAAGUUGGAUUGUUGCCUCAGAUUGGCCAAAAUUUUGUUGCACAUGGCUGUUUCAACACUCUUAACUACCAUUUAGGACGAGCUUAAUUAUCAAAGAUUAAUGGUGUAUUUUGUGUAGUAAAUGACGGUAUAACAU